CUUGCUCACAUCCGGUCGUAUAUAUUUUGCCACGAGUUAGCGGCGAAUUUGGAGUGUCCAUUUUGAGCUGCGAGUCGGCGAACCCCCGGUUUAUUCACGCAAAUCUCUUGAACAGAAACCAAUUUCAGAAUGGCAGACGCAGAGAAUCUGCUCAUGGAGACAUCAGAACAGAACGGAGACGAGGACCAGAAUGGAGCCGAGCAGGAACUGAUGGGAGGCGACGACAGCCAGGACAGCGGCACAGACGGUGGCAAGAUCGAUGCCAGCAAAGGAGAAGAGGAUGCUGGAAAAAUGUUUGUUGGUGGCCUCAGCUGGGACACAAGUAAAAAAGACCUGAAGGAUUACUUCAGCAAGUUUGGGGAGGUCUCAGACUGCACCAUCAAAAUGGACUCCAACACUGGCCGGUCCCGAGGCUUUGGCUUUGUGCUCUUUAAAGACUCUGCCAGUGUGGACAAGGUGCUGGAACAGAAAGAACACAGACUUGACGGACGUCAGAUUGACCCUAAAAGGGCGAUGGCGAUGAAGAAAGAGCCUGCUAAGAAGAUCUUUGUUGGGGGAUUGAAUCCCGAAGCAACCGAAGAGGCUAUCAGGGAAUACUUUGGCGCUUUUGGAGAGAUUGAGACCAUAGAGUUGCCCAUCGACCCUAAAUCCAAGAAAAGGAGGGGCUUCAUUUUCAUCACAUAUAAAGAUGAAGCCAGCGUCAAGAAGUGUCUGGAGAAGAAAUACCACACCAUCGAAGGUGGCAGGUGUGAGCUGAAGAUCGCCCAGCCAAAGGAGGUGUACCAGCAGCAGCAGUACGGGACGGGACGUGGAGGAGGAUACGGAGGUCGGGGAGGAAGGGGCCGUGGAGGUCAGAGCCAGAGUUGGAACCAGGGCUACGGAAACUACUACCCGGGAUAUGGCAGUCAAGGCUAUGGCUAUGGUGGAUACAGUGGUUACGGCAAUUACGACUACUCUUCUGGUUACUAUGGAUACGGCGCCGGAUAUGACUACAACCAGGGGAAUGCCAGCUACGGUAAAACCCCGAGGCGGGGGGCACACCAGACCAGCUACAAGCCGUACUGAUGAUUACUUGGUGGUGGAAGACUCCAGUGAUCCAGUAACACCGACGGCAGGACGGACACACUGGGUUCACUAAGACCUCUUUUAUGACAGAAGACCAUUUGUACAGAAAACAUCUGAAAUGUAACUUUUCC